AUGAACGAUCUUUUUAAUUUGUUCAAUUUACAAAAUAGGUCCCCAGAUGGAUCACUAGCUCUCGCGCAAUGCGAAAACAGAACUCUCCAAAUUUUUGACCCAGAAUCUUCUGGAGAGAUGUCUACUACCGAUCCUCACAGUCUUACGGAACCGUCUGCUGCAUUGUCAACAAAUGCUCGCAUAUUUAACCAACCAGCGCCCAUCCUCGAUUUCGUCUGGUAUCCGACUGCAAGUCCUCAGAACCCUGCCUCUUUCUGCUUCGUCGCAUCCGUUCGAGAGUGCCCGGUAAAAUUACUAGAUGCAUCCGAUGGUAGACUCCGUGCAUCAUAUAGAAUCGUUGAUCAUCGAGAACGGCAGAUCGCCCCCCACAGCCUCGCAUUUAACCUGACGGGUGAAAGGUUCGGUUGCACGCUUGUCUAUGUGCAAAUUUCCCAACCUCCCGCUAGAUUAUAUUGCGGUUUUGAAGACGCUAUUGAGGUUUUCGACGUUUCCAGACCGGGAGAAGGCAAACGCUUACAUACGACACCUUCAAAGAAAAGCAAAGACGGCCUCAAAGGGAUAAUUUCAGCAUUGGCAUUCUCGCCCUCAUACUCUGAGGCCGAGUCAUUUUACGCAGCUGGGAGCUUUUCUCCGACGCCAAGCAAUAUUGCCUUGUUCAGUGAUUCUCAGAGUGAAACUCCCAUCAUGUUUCUUGGAGGUGGACCUCGUGCUGGCGUCACACAAGUGCAGUUCAACCCUUCAAGGCCCCACAUUCUAUACGCUGCGUACCGUGGUCGCGGUUCCGGAUCUAUCUAUAGCUGGGACUUGCGCGCCAAUCUCGGCUCUCCAGUGGAGGUAUUUUGCCAGAAUUCCGCUGCUGCCCUAGACGCCUCGGAGAGGAAGGUGAACAAUCAAAAGAUGCGGUUUGAUGUCGAUGUAUUGGGUCGUUAUCUUGGUGUCGGAGAUCCGAAAGGGAACGUAUCAGUAUUCGACCUUGGCUCCAGUGAAAAGACGAUUGACGAUACUGUUGUCGAGGGUCAGCACUCGUUUUUGGAAUGUGACACGCAGAUAAACCGACCCGUACUCGAAUUUAUCGCACAUGAAGAUGCAGUUGGGUCAGUCACAUUCAACCCCCUGCGCCCAGUCGCUCUAUCUGUGUCUGGCGCACGUCACUUCAAAGAUGUUGUGGAAACGGACUCUUCAAACGAAGAGGACGACGAAGUCGAUGACCUCUUACUUCAAAGGAAUGCGCCCACUUCUCCUGAACCAAAUGGGCGAAAGAAACACUCUCAGCCGGUUACUUUCGAUUCAUCUAUCAAGUUAUGGGAUUUCAGUCGCCCGACUGAAAGCGAACUGGGGGCAUGCAUUGGCAAGUAG